UGACCGAAAUUGACUCAGCCGUUGCCCAAUCGCAGUCUUUGCCCCGCCCCUCCAGUGUGAGAGGCUGGACCUGCCAGGCCGCCCGCCGGAAGUGACGAGAGGCUGUGCUCAGCGUGUCGGUGGGCCCUGCUGGGGUCGGUGAGGGACGCUGCAGGCGGCAGGAUGUCGUGGUCCGGCCUUCUCCGGGGCCUCAACCUGUCCCUGAGUUACAGUUGUGUCUUUCCAGGUCUAGCCCAGGUCCCCCAGCUCUGGGCCACCCGCCCCAUGGCCACCCUGAAUCAGAUGCACCGUCGGGGGCCUCCGAAGUGGCCGCCUCGAAAGCUGGGUCCCACAGAAGGCCGGCCGCAGCUGAAGGGCGUGGUGCUACGCACAUUCAUUCGUAAACCCAAGAAGCCCAACUCGGCCAACCGCAAGUGCUGCCGCGUGCGGCUCAGCACCGGCCGAGAGGCCGUCUGCUUCAUUCCGGGGGAGGGCCACACCCUGCAGGAGCACCACAUUGUGCUGGUGCAAGGCGGGCGCACCCAGGACCUGCCCGGUGUCAAGCUCAAGGUUGUGCGUGGCAAGUACGACUGUGGCCAUGUGCAGAAGAAGAAGUGACCGCCGGGGCAUGGUGGGCUGGGGUUACGUCGGACAAGAACCCCUGUCUCUGGGUUCCUGCAGUAUCCUUGGGAAGCGAGGCCAGUUCUAGAAGCGGCUGGCCCUGGUUCACAUCCUGGCUCCUCUUCCACCAGAACCAUCAGUAGCCCACAGGGGUCCCGGGUGUGAAUUAGAAAAGGCCGACAUCCUUGGUGCAAGAGGCUUCUGCUGGGUCAGUACACUAUUCCAUCUGAUGAGAAGGGGUUGCAAUAAACACACAGACUGGUUGGACGUGU